AUGACCGAGGUUGAGACCAGAUAUCCUCAAAUGGAGAAGCUGGCCCUCGCUUUAGUCACCUCGGCCCGAAAACUCAGGCCGUACUUCCAAGCGCGCACAGUCGUAGUACUUACAAACUUGCCCCUGAAGAAUAUCUUCCUUAAGCCUGAAACAUCAGGGCGUUUGAUGAAGUGGGCAUUGGAAUUGAGYGAGUACGACAUCCAGUUCGAGCCCAGAACUGCGAUGAAAGAACAAGCAGUGGCCGAUUUUAUCGCAGAGCUCACUCCACCACCUCAGUUGGUCAAGUCCGACCUCCCGUGGACGAUCUUCGUUGAUGGAUCUUCUAACGAGAGGGGGUGCGGGGCAGGAAUCGUCUUGCUCGCACCAGGAGGUGAGCGAUUCAAAUAUGCUCUGCGGUUCAACUUUCGGACGUCAAAUAAUGAGGCCGAGUACGAAGCACUCCUAGCAGGCCUGCACGUUGCCAAAGGACUGGGGGCUAAUCACAUAAAGGUCUUUAGUGACUCCCAGCUAAUUGUAAAUCAGAUCAAGGAGGAGUACCAAGCGAAGGACCCCCGGAUGGAAAAAUAUCUGAGCAAGGUCAGAUCGCACCUCGCCCAGUUCGGGACUUACGAGGUAAGUCAAGUUCCAAGAUCUGAGAACUCUAAUGCAGAUGCCUUGGCCAAAUUGGCAUCAGCAUAUGAGACCGACCUGGCUAGAUCAGUCCUGGUCGAGAUCUUGGACACUCAUUCAAUCUUGGAGCCAGAUGUAAUGGAGGUUAAUACUCCAUCACCUACUUGGAUGGACCCAAUCGUGGAGUUCAUCAAAGGAAACCCACCGCAAGAUCCGAAGGAGCAAAAGAAGAUGGUGCGAAGAGCAGCUCGGUUCACACUUCGAGAAGRAAUGUUGUACCGACGUGGCUUCUCCCUACCUCUCCUCAAGUGUGUGACUCCCGAAGAAGGCCUUUACAUUCUUAGGGAAGUCCAUGAAGGGGAUGCAAAGCAGUUCGUGAAAGCUUGUGACAACUGCCAGCGUUUCGCAAACAUUAUCCAUCAACCUCCCGAACUGCUCACCCCCAUCUCGGCCCCAUGGCCAUUCGCGCAGUGGGGGGUAGACAUCAUAGGACAUUUUCCUCUGGGCAAAGGACAUACAAAGUUCGCCGUUGUCGCUGUGGACUACUUCACUAAGUGGGCUGAAGCCGAGGCACUAUCCCACAUCACAGAGUCCAGAGUCACGUGUGUGCCGCUUUGGCAUACCAAAUGA